AUGGCUUCGACUUUGAUUCGAGCUUGUGUGACCCACAGGCUUAUGUUUACAACAGUUAGAUCGUCUACACUUUGCCCUGCUUUGAUAAACUAUGUGCAACACAGAGGUCAUUCCCAGUAUGAAAUGAAAUAUUUAAAAGAAAUAUUUAUAAAAAGAGAGAACCUUGGUCCAGAAAAAGAAAGACGGAGAUCAGAAUGGAUGAACUGGAAUUAUGACAGCGAAAUCUACUGUUUUGGCAAGAGGCUUGGAGAAGACUUCAAUGAUGCAACGAUUCGACAGGCAUUUGUACACCCCUCAUUUGUUGAUGCCGAAAAAAGAAAAAGAGCAGAACUGGGGAUAGAUGUGGAAUCUGUUCCUUUACUGCUGCAAGACAACACUGAGCUGGCAAAAGCAGGUUCUGCGUUGAUGAGCAAUUAUGUGAAGGUAUACCUGCGAAACACCUUUCCAUACAUGUUUGAGGAGUGCAUAAGUGCUAUCCAUGAUUAUUUGAUGAAAGAUGAAACAACAUCAAACAUUGCUCAGCAUAUUGGCUGUAAAGAUCUUAUUUUAUCUGAGGACUUUCCAGUAUCGCAGUCAACAUUAAGUUUGACAUUAAAGGCCGUAAUUGGAGCAUUGCUCAAAGAUAAGGGCCAGGAGCAAGCAGAAAGGUUUAUACGGGAUUUUGUCCUCACUCAGCUGGUGGGCAAGGACAUUAAUGAGAUGUGGGAGCUAAUCAACCCCAUGGGACUUCUGAUAGCAUAUCUGGUUUUAAGUGGUCGCGGCGAGCCUGAAUCAAGGUUGUUGUGGAAAUCUGGUGCAAACACAAUUAUGUCCUUGUUUUGGGUAGGAAUCUACAGUGACAAACAGCUCAUUGCAAAAUCACCAGGAGAGACUAUUUUGAUUGCAGAAGAAAUGGCAGCAAGGGAGGCAAUAAAGGCAAUAAUGAAAACUGAAGACAACAGACAGCCACUGAUUCUUGGCCGACAGGCAGACAGUUUGAAAAUCGACUACAAUAGGAAAAAUCUGAGUGCCGAAGAUUUGAUCAGGAAACACUAUAGCUGGGCAAUAGGAGAUGUUAAAGUUGCUUAG